AUGUAUGCGGAGUCCACCCUGCCUGCUCCGCGAGUGGCGUAUGAAAAUCUCCUGCAGGCCCUGAUGUACGAACGGGACUCCAUCAAUGACGCCUACGACUCGCUCUUGGGGCUUGUGCGUCAAAACCUUUGCGAGGAUGACACGGCGACCCCUGCCACGUGUGUGUUGCAGGGCCUGACUGGGAUGCUGCGCUUUAUCUUUGAACGGCUGUACCAGCACACAAGCGAGACUGCCCUGACAUUUGUGAAGGAGAUCGGCCUGGGAUCCGAGGAAGACGCGUGCCUGGAGGCGGUUGCGGCGCUGCAUGACGCCAUAAAGGCGAAGAUGUUUGCCCCUAACGCGCGAAUGAGCGACGCCAAAGAACGGAAUAAACACGCUGGGGAGGGCGGGGAGAAGUUGCGGGGCGCCCGUCAGAAGUGUUGUAUCUUUGCGGUUUCUUCUCACUACGAAUGGGGGGCGAAGCAGGAGAUUCUCGAGGCUCUCACCCACAAGCUCCAUCACACAACCGUGGUGCUGCAGCGGUGUGAGGCAAGCAAGGAACCGAGUAUGGCGCUGCAGCUUGGAUGCAAUGUUCUUAUCUCACCGUUCAUGCCAACCGCACCUUGCGCCGUUGCUUAUGCAACGAAGGAAAAGGUGCUGCAGUACGCUUGUUCCUGCAUUGAAGACGAGAUUGACGACGAACUGGAUGCGUUGCUUCAUGCACUCGACUACACCGCACGCCCCAGUACUCCACUGACCGAAGCGGCAACGGUGAAAAGCCCAACGAAUGUGGCACCUGUCGUCUCCCGCAAUGUUUUACAAGGUGGCAUAGCUGCUUCUCCACAGAAUGCCACGGGUGCUUUGGGCGUCCAUGAAUCGAUCAAGUGGCAGAGAUCAGAGAAUAACGGUUUUCAACCCUACACGCAGACGAUGAAGCGGCCACGUGUGGAUUUACUUUCCAUGUCGCCCGCCGUAUUGACAGAGCCAACGGAUUUCUCGCUGCAGCUUUCGCAGGUUAUUCAGUACCAGCGUGAUUCCCCCUCUAGAACUGGCCCUGUACUGACUGCAGACCAUGCAGAGAAUUCUGUAUUAGACCCCUCACAAUGGCGGUUUCAAAUCAGCAAUUCUCUUAGGGAGUCUAAGGAUGAAGUGGUUAGUGCAAUUUCUCUGUUGGGUGGUCGUGUGGAUCACAGCAAAUCGUAUAAUCCACAAACAACCCACUUGGUCGUUGCUGAGGGUUUGGCAGAACGCACGGAAAAAUAUUUGAGUUGCUGUGCUGCACGAAAGUACAUUGUAUCUCCUCGCUACGUCCUUGAGUCUGCAAAGCGUGGGAAAUGGAUUGUUGAUCGCUUACAUGAAUAUGAUAAAAACCCCUUGCGUCAUUUGUCAAAUGUUUCAUCAACACCGCCGUUUCAUGGUUGGCGUGUGGUGCUGUUUACAUCAACCGCUUCUGUGGACACUGGCAUUGUGACGGUACUGAAGGCCGGCGGAUGUACGGAUAUCACGUCGUACAUUUUUAAUACCGUAGCCGCCCCUAAUAUAGACUGUAGAUGCAUAGAGCAGGCUUCUCAUCUUUUAGUGGAAUGUAAAAAUGUCUCGCGAACUGGGCGAUUUCUUACACCCCCAUGGUUUCCAGAUACAUUGAAACGACAAGAUCAUAGGCUGUUUUCUUUAGAAUUGCUGCUUCAUUUGUUGUGCUUCUGCCCCACUUCCGUAUUUGACGAAUAUGGACGCCCCAUCGAUACGCUGCAGCUACCACCCUCCUGUCUGCUAGAGAUUCCUUUGACCGACGCGCGUCUUCCUGGUAGUUUGGAUAGAGCAGUGAAGUAG